AUGAAGUUUACUACUCUCGUUGCUACUUUUAUUGCUCUCAUAUCAUUAACCAGUGCCGUUGCAGUCCCUCAACCAGCUGAACUUGUUGAGCGUGACUUUGGCUCAUGGCUCGAAAGUGCAGUUAAUGGUUUAUUAGGUGCUUUCGGAAUAAACAUCAAUCCAGGAUCAUCAACUACAUCAGCAGCAGGAGCAGGAGCAGCUACAACUACAACUCCAGCAGCAGGUGGGGCUGCUGCAACAACUACUGCUAAGCCAGCCACAACCACUACUGCUGCUGCAACAAGUGGCUCGAGUGGAUCAUCAUCAUCAUCGAGUGGCGGAUGGUUUAAUGACUUCAUCGGUAACCUUGGAUGUUUGUUCCAAGGAUGGUUUGGCAAGAGAGAGUUGAAGACCAGAACCGUACUGGUUCCACUUUCCAACUUGAAAGACGGUAUCAAUGCGUUGUUGGGUGCUCAAAUUGAGUCAAGUACCACCGGAUAUGACAAACUUUUGAGUAUUUUGCAAAUCAAUACUGAUCAAGCUGAAGAAUUGGGACUUGAUUCAUCAAGAUCUAACAGUUACUGGCUCGGUCAAUUGGGUAUCACUUAUCUUGCUGAGGAAAAUGAUGAUGACGAGUAA